AUAAAUAGCUGAGGACUUCCGACGUGUUCAGAACAAAAUAAUAUUCGUUGCUCGUAGAAAGCUACGAGAAUCAAGGUAUGUUAAGGGCCGCCGAGGCAAUCGUUAUUGACGAAAACUUUGGCCCGAAAGCGAAAGAAGAAAAGGAGAAGAUGCCUGCUUUACACAGCACUCAGAUCAUGUCCAGUCAGCGGUAUUAUAUAUCACUGGGUCCAGGGCCUCUGUCGUGUUCCGAUGUUCCCCAUGCCGCCAGUGUGUCAUUCGUGACAGAGGGCAGCGGUGUGGGGGUUUCAACAGAGCCCCCUGUCAAUGCUAAAAGUCAGUUCACUGAUAAUCAGAUGUUCAAGAAUGGUGAUCGAAAGAUCAGCAUCAGUCUUUUGGUAGGAGCUCAAGUAGCCUCGAACUUGUGCUUCAAAAUAGUUUUGGCCGAUUCCAUUGAAGUUUGUUGGGAGACCGUCUUGAGUGACAAGAGGUUGUACGUUGAAGUCCCAAAUGGAAUCCUGCCAGAAGGAUCUAAAGAAAGUUUGGUCAGAUUGUUAGAAUAUGCCGAAGAAGUGUUAGGAUGUGAUGAUGUGGUCAUCUGUUUUAAGAAGAAUCGGUCUGACCAAGCUUCCUUGAUAAGGACCUUCAUGUUCAUGGGAUUCGCUUUAGCGCCACCUGGAGGAAAUGCUUCAAUUGGUAGUGCUGAUGUGAUCUUCAUGAUCUACAAUAUUGACCCAGGCGACUUUGAUGAUUGACAGCUUGGAGAUAAACGUCUGAUUUCAAUGAAUUAACUUUUAGCAUAUAUUUAGCACCGCCUGUCAGAUUCAUUUAAUUGAUGUUGUUUGUAUAUAUUGAACAAAACAUUUUUUUCACUUGUGAAUAUAUAAUCAUGUCAUUUGAUGUUUCUUUUUAGAAAAUGUAAUUUGUAAAUUUUGAAAUAGUACAGUAAAAAGUUGUAAAUUUGGAGGAAAAAAUGUCUUGAUUUCUUUUAUCCAACAUAAAGCAAAAUUUAUUGAGUUGAAUCUAAAUUAAUAUUUUGAUAGAAGCUUUUCACUUCAGCAGUCAAAAUUUUGUAUUUCAAGAAUGAUUUCUAAGAAAACACAAAUAUUUGAUAUUAAAUGUGUUUGGAACAAAAAAUAUACAUGUAUAUCCCUGUAGAAAAUUCCACCAAUGGCAUGAUUAUUUAUUUAAAUCAUCUAUGUUCUCUGUCACUAAUUAGACACACUAUAAUAAGUAUAUAAAAUCUUACAAAAAAAAUGAAAAAAAAAUGUAAAAGUUAAAAAAAUACAAAAAAACAAGGAAAGAUGUGAUGACUACUUUGUAAAGCAGGCAUGGAUAUUUUUUUUAUUGUACUUUUUUGUUUAAAUUGUAAUAUUUUUUUUUCUAUCAUUUCACAAAAAUGUUUCAGUUAUUAUUUUUAAAAGCCACAAUCUGUCCUUGUUUUAUAGAAUAUCAUAAUGUCAUACAAUUAUAAUGUGUAACAUUUUGAACUCAGAAAGUUGUAUCAAACGAGAUCAAAGGCAGAGAUUAAUGUAAAUUAACAAAGAUUGUGUAAAUAUACAUCAAAUUUGUUAUAAACUUACUACACUGUUUACUGGCAUUCUCUUAAAAAAAUGACAUUGUAAAAUGUCUUGAUGAUGGUUGAGAUUAAGUUUUAUUAAAAUCCCUGAGGUUUGAGGAGGUGUAAUGCAAGAGCAAUCAAAGAGAGAAGGGAUCAAAUUUACAUUGUAUAAUCUUAAAAAAGAUCUGAGAACCAAUUUACCAUACGAACAAAUCUGUGAUAAUGUUUUAUAUAAAAAAAAAACAAGGUCAGACUGUGUAUUGUUAUUUUGUUUUGCAGCAAUAAUAUCAAAGAAUUGUUGAUAAUCAUAUCGGAUAUAAUCCAUUCCAUAACAAUGGCUUCUACACGACCAAAUGCUUUUCCAAAUUGAAAUCUGAAUUUCAAUAAAAUGUGUAUGAGAGAGGAAUGGAGUUUUGCGUAAUGAUUGCCAUGUAUUGUGAAGUGUGACAUACUACAAACAAAUAGUUCUAUUAGAGGACAGUUUGUUGUUUCUAAAUUAUUAUGUUGCUUCUACAUGAGGGAAUUCCAUUUAGACCAUGAAAACAUUGGUUAUUAAAUGUUCUAUGUGAAUCCUUGGUUAACUGUAUGGUAAAAGUUCGAACCAAAAAUCUUGAUUACAUAUUUUGAUGAAAUACAGAUAUAUAAUCAAUAUUUUAAUUAUUUUCAUUUGAUUUGUAUUAUAACAGGUUAGUAUGUAAUGUGCCAAGCAUUCACAAUAAUUUUCACAGUUUGAAUUUUUCCAUUAGACUUUAGACAAUUUUACAUUUUUAACUCCCUAACCUUACAUUUAUUGAACUUUUUCUGGUAAUAAAUUUCAUCUAAGAAUUA